AUGAAACACUAUCAUUAUCAUCGUCGUCCAACAGUACUACUAUUACUAUUAAUAGUAUUAGUUGGAAUUCUAUCAUGUGUAGUUGAAUCACAAACCAUUAAAUCUCUCACACCCGAAUCGGCAUUCCCAAAAGGUGGAAACAGCGUGACACUGCUUGGCAAUGGGUUCACAAGUACACCCGUCCUCCAAUUGACCAAUUCUUUGACAACCGUAGACUUUAAGUAUAUCAGUUCGACUCCAUCCGGAUCUGAUGUUGCCUAUGUCUUUGAAACUCCAUCUGAAAUAACAACCAUCGCCAGUCGUAAAAGAGGUAUUGACAAAUCAUUCCAGUGGCAAUGUCCAUCUGCCAAUCUACCAAACACCGGAAAAUUCAUUUAUUAUGAUUUUGAUAUUUCCUCUGUUGAACCAGAAGUUGCAUUGGUAAAAUCACCAACUACCGACCUUCCAAUUAUCAGCUUGCGUCCCACCACCAAGUUUAUAUUCCAAGACAGUGAAGUCAGUCUUGUUACUGUGACCAUCGGUGGAGUAGCUGCUACAAUCGAUAAGAUAGAUCGUAUAACUGGUGUAAUGACAGUCAAGGUGCCAUCAUCAACUGUUAGUGGAGAGGUUGAUAUUGUUGUAUCGGUAUUCAAGGAAUCCGAAUCUAUUAAAUUCAAUUAUGUUGAUAUUCAAGUAGACAAUAGCAUCCAUAUCAAUGUUCAUGGUAUCAGUGCUUCAACACCUCAAACUGUGACCAUCACAGGUCAAUACUUUAAACUAUUGAGUGGAGCAACCACAGGGAUGAUUGCAAAGAUUGGACCAUACCAAUGUGCAUCACCAACCAUUGGAACUAGUGCCACUGGAGUAUCAUUCCUUCUUUGUCCACUCAACACUCCUUCCAUCCCUACAGACGUUGGAGUUGGAGGACAAGGACUAGUACCAUUCUAUGUCAAAGCUGGUAGUUAUGAAUACACCUCUCCCAACAUUAUAAUGAUGUUUAAUCCAGACAUUUCAUCUCCAAAACCAAACAAGGGGUUGACUAUUGGCGGUGAUCCAAUUGAAAUUACAGUCACACCUAUUUUUGCCAUGCCAAUCGUUACAAUAGGUACUACCAACUGUUUGGUCACUGCAAAACCCACAUCCACAGCCACUGUCAUCUUUGAAUGUUUGUUGCCAAGCUCGUCAGCAGCUGGAGACAAACCAAUAACCAUUACCAUCAAUGGAGUUGUUCGUAGUCUUGGAUUAUUUACUUAUUACUCGGCACCUGCGAUCACAUCGAUAUCACCAACCACAUUCCCAACAUUAAUUGAUAGUACUGUCACUGUAACUGGAACCAAUUUAGCAAAAGUCAAUAAAUUGGUGGUUGGUACCAAGGAUUUCGUGGUCGACAAUGUAGCUGGUAGUGACACACAGAUUAUCGUUGCAUUGAAUGGUUUGGUAACUGCAUCAACUUCAUUGGCUGUAUUUGAAAGAACUGUUACAUCCAAUACAAUUGCUGUUACUGUCAAUCAACCUCAAAUAACAUCAAUGACACCAAGUGUUGGACAAACAGCUAGUUCAACCGAUGUAGUACUUGUAGUCUCAAACUUCCCAACCAUUCAACAACCAAUCUCAACACCCGAACCUGAAAAGUUCCCAAUCGAUGUCUAUCGUCUCUACAACACUGCUGAGAAUGUAUUCUGUGAAGGUCUAUCGUUUGUAGUCGACAAUGAUUACACUAAAUUCAAAUGUAAAAUGCCACCUAUCACCCCUGGAACUGGUAAAAAGACAAUUAAUUUCCAACUAUCAAUUAAUGGUGUUGUAGUUACACCUUCUCCAACUAUUACCUUUACAUAUAAUGAACCAAGUGUAACAAGUUUAUCAAAUCUUGGAGCAACAGGUGGUGAUUUAACAAUUACAGGUCAAUCAUUUAUUGGAAUGGAUCCAACAAAAGGUGAUAGAAUAUUGAUUGGUGGUAAAGCAGUCAGUACAUUUACAGUUGUUAGUGAUACUUCAAUUGUUGCCACUGCCAAUGGAAUAUCUACUCUGCUUGGUGAUGAUCCUGAAACCUACAACUUUGGACCAUAUGAUUUACAACUAUGUGUCAGAUUACACUGUUAUCAUCCAACUGUCCAAGUCAAUUAUAAUGGUCCUAUUGUAACCUAUGUCAAUCCAAGUAGUAAACCAAAAUCAAAGACUGCUACCAUUACAAUUGUAGGUGCAAACUUUCAAUCUAGUUCAACUGUCCAAGUUGGUACGACUGCAUGUACAGGUGUAGCUGCUCAACCAGAUGGAAGGUCAUUAACAUGUUCAUUGGCCAGUUCAAUGCCAGUUGGUGAUGUUCCAGUUGUAGUAUCUCAAGGAACAGUUCAAUCAGAGAACAAGAUUAUAUUCCAUAAUCAUGGACUGCGUUGUCUAGGAUCACCAAGAUCUAAUGUUGGCAGCACACUCUAUGCAAAUGAUAAAUCCAAUGAUCCAGUAGACUGGUGGUUCACAUAUAAACUAGCUAAUAGUCCAACUCUUAGUUACAUGUAUGCCGACUCGUCCAAUGCCACAUUUAAUCACAAACCAUACUUGUCACAAAAGCCAACAGCUGCAGACGCAGACAGUGGGUUAGCAGCCACAUUCCUUCAAUACAAAGAUUACAAAUACUCUAUGUUUUUCAACGACCAAAUAUCAACUCGUUCAAUGGGUGCCAGAAGUGUCAAGAAUGAUCCUACCAUUAUCAGCACUGACAAGUUUGCACAUUUGAAAGGAUUCUUUAUAUUUGAUGAACUCAAUCAAGGAGGAAUUCAUGUAAUGCAUUCGAAUCCAUUGUUCCCUACACUUGCCAACAAACCAGCGUCACAACCCAAAUACAGUUUUGUCGAAGAUACCACUGAUCCCAAAUUCCUUGGUGCUCCAACUUUUAAUCAGCAUUUCUUUUGUUAUGAAUUUAAAGGACAAGCAGGAUUGGAAAGAGUAGCAGAAUACCAUCUUAAAAACAAUGGAUAUCUUAUGAACAACUUUUUGACAACACCUAAACUCCCACUUGUCGGUGAUGUCUCUGCCACUGCCUAUCCAAAUUUAUAUGACUUGUUACAGUUUUGGGGAGGUUGGGCACCUUCAGGAAGAAAGAAUCAAGUACAAAUUGCUCAACAUUGUGUAGAUAACAUAAAUGCAACUAGUUUAAAGGAUUAUUGUUAUUGGACUCCAUCAGCUUUUGACAUUGGAGGAAUGAGUUCAAGAUUUUUUGAGAAAACAUCUAUGAAUCCUACUACUUCAUUUAAUCCAAUUGACACUCCCGAUGGUAUUGUAUUGAAUCCAGGAGGUCAUUUUGACGGAUUCGAUCUGUGGGGUAUCGUAGCCACCACUUAUGAUCACAGAAUGUUUUCUGAAAUCUUUUACAAGGGUCAAACCAUCUACCCUUCCACCGACAUGGUCAAGAACUCUGCCGUCAUGGAACUCCCCAAUUCCAUCCAUGGCACUGCUUCUCCCAGAGUUAAACCAAGUUAUCCUAUCAAAGGAAAUAGUAAUGAUCAUGCUAAAAUGGCAUUUUCCAUUUAUCCAACUACUGAUCCAAUUAAAAUGAAAGAUAUUACUCAAAAUAUUAUGUGUGUUGGUGAUAGUAAUCGACAUGGACAUCAAGGUAUUCGCGGUGGAGGUAGUUUAUGUUUCCAAAAUCCAUCAUUGUCUUAUCAAUUCAAUAGAAUGGUCAAGAAAUAUUAUCAAGGUGCUAGAGUAGGCAAUGAAAACCCAGAGACCGUUGGCAUCAUCUAUUCGGCAUGGCAGAAGCAACCAAUCAAAAUUGAACGUGGAAAUUGGAAGGGUGAUGUCUAUAUCGAGAUUAAAGAUGUUCCAGCGACAAAUACCUACACCUCUAAACUACCAAGAGAAUUUGGUGUUGCCACUGAAGCAACAAGAUUAUUGGGUGAUGAUUGGGUAGGAACCUACUCUUUUAUUCGUACCUCUCUAGACAAUGUAUCAACUUUGGCAAUCACUCCUGAUCAUUUGGUAACUGCCACCACUGACCCAGACAUUAGUACGUAUGUCGCAGCUCAAACAUUCUCUGCUCAUUACUCUGCCUAUGACAAGAAUGUUGGAUCUAUUUGUUUCGUCAGUGUCGCCAGUGACCCUAAAUUCUGUGACCACACCAAUGCCAAACAAACACUACUUCCCUUCAGUGCUGUGCUUCCAGGGUUCCCAAAGAGUUAUGGAGUGAUGAAUGAAGAAACUCAACUAACUCAAACAUUUGACAUCAAAGUAGUCGAUGACUUUAAGACCAUUAAAGUUUCAUCACUAUUCAAACAACAUGUAUCAUCAAAACUAUUAUUCAAUUAUGUUAUUGAUGCAACUGCAACCAAACCAGCAACGUUUGAUGGAACCUAUAUCACCAAAAAGACAAUAGAUCAUUGUGCUGAUGAACUCUACUAUCUCAUGCUUCUCAAUCACACAUAUAGUCUAUCCAAAGAUAAAACCAAAACACUCUAUACAUUUGCAAACGAUGAUAUGAAUUGGGCAAAUGGUAUAUUAAUAGCAAUGGCCAAAUUCAUUAGAAAUGAAAUUGAAUCAACUCCCGAUAAUGAUAUCAUCGAUACUUGUUUCUCUUCAUUAAUGCCAUCAUUUAAUAUUACUGAACAACCAAUUGGUGAUACAACGAAUAUUGUAAUUAAACAUGUAUCUGCAACUUGGGAUUUCCUUUCAAAUACAUAUAGAAUUAAAGAUAGUGUAACUCCAAGAAAUCCAAAGACUGUUCAGGUAACUUGGAUGAAAUUGUUGGAAAUCUUGUCUGAGUAUACCACUGACGACAAGUUGUUAUCAUUGACUGAUAUUUAUCAACGUGUAUUGGAUCCACUUGUUUACAAAUCUGCAAACUAUCGUACUAUAUUAAUCAACAACUAUUUGAUGGAAGACCCAGCUCUAAUGAUCAUUACACCAACUCCAACUAAAAUGCCAAUUGUCAGCAGUAGCAGCAGAUCAGUUGACAUAUUUGAUUCUCCACUUGUAGAAUAUGAAUUAUAUAAUAAUCUUUACAAUACCGAAUCAAAUACUCAACAAGAAUCAAACGUACAACUUGACAGUAGUCGUGUAUUGGUCAAUGACAUAGUUAUUAAUGACAAUACAGAUUAUUCAGCAUCAUAUCCAUCACCAAUCGAACAAUUAUUCAAAUUUAGUCAACUUACAUUCAAAAAGGAACAAUUACUUCAAUUGAUUAGUAACGUACAAUCAACAUCAAAACUAUUGGAUGCAAUGAAUAGAUGGUCAACCUUUACAAAUUUGAAUCAAGCUAUUAGAGUAUUGGUCGCAGUUCCAUCAACUCAAAGAAAGAAUCAAGAAAUUCAAUUUAUCGAUGAAGUGGCUCGUGAUAUUUAUGAUCUCGAGAUUGACUUGUGUUAUGGAAGAAAUGAAUCAAAAGGUAUCAUUGAAAUGUGUAGUCCACAAUCAAUCACUGCCAUUACAUUCUUUUUGGAUAAUGUUAUCUUGACAGCAUCACAAGACUCAAUCAUGGAAUAUGGUGCACUCAAAGUAUACAACCUUCCCAAACCAUUUGGAUAUGGUGGUCUUAUUACCGCAGAUAUUGGAGGUAUGUUGGUUGGUACUCUCGAUGGUUUAAUAUGUGAUAUUAAAAUGUAUGCAACCAAUAGUAUUCCAGCUACCAUGACAACGCUAUGUAAACAAGCUGGUCCUAUUGUUACUGCUACAACAGUCGCAUCAUCAACAACCAAUGGUGGACAAGUAAUGACAGUUAGUGGAAUGAACUUUGACAGUAAUACAACUAUCUUUAUUGGAAAGAGUGAGUGUCUCUCAAAGACAGUGAUUAGUGAUACUCAAAUAAGUUGUACCAUUCCACCAUCGUCUACAUCAUUCUAUAAUCUAGAAGUUAGAGCCAAUACCAGUCAAAUAUCUCCAUCCCAACUACGAUCACCACAAUUCAAUUACCUUGCACCCACUCUAUCGACCAUCACACCAAACACUAAUUUGAUUAGUUCAGGUGGUCAAAUGCUCACAAUCACUGGAACCAACUUUGGAAAUAGUGUUGCCAACAUUCAAGUAUUGAUUGAAAAUAGUCGUAAUUGUAGAGUCACUUCAGUCAGUCACACGACACUCUACUGUAUCACUCCACCAUCAGUUGGUAAUAACAAAUGUGUUCACAUUGUUAUCUCAAAUCUUGACCCCACUAUUAUGAAAUCAACUAAAUUUAAUAUUGAUAGUUGUCUUGUCAAUAAUCUAUCGUUCAAAGGUCCGAAUAUUACAUCUGUUACUGGACAAGAUCCAAAUGAAUUGGUUGAAAUUGAUGGACAAGGAUUUGAUGAUUACGAUCAUACACUCAAACCAAUUGCAUCAUUCAACGGUCAAAUGGUACAAGUUGAAUCAUUUGACAAUAACAGGGUACAAGCAGUCAUCCCACCAUUCAAAGAACCACCAGUCAACCUACAAAUAGAACAGCAACAAUUAUUAGCAAGUGCAACGUUUAACUAUGGUAAACCAUAUGUUACAAGUGUAUCGACACUCAAACUUGGUGGUGGAUUAUUCAAGAUGGAAGGAUAUGGAUUAGGAUCAUCAAAUUAUGAAAUUGAUUAUGUUAGAUUGGAUUCAACCGAUAUUAGUGCGUCAUGUCAAAGUUAUAAUAGAUAUGUUGAAUGUUAUAUUCCAGGAUACACAACAUCAGGUCAAUACAUAUUGACAGCAUCGAUCAAUGGCGAAGUAGUUCUCUUCCAAAACAAUGUCACACUCGAUUCAAACAAUAUCACUCUAAACUAUGGUAUCAACUGUCAAGGUUGCGCACUUUUAUUUGGUAAAAAGAAUUAUGCAGGUACCGAUACCAAGCAGGUCACCGACACUAUGAUUGUCAAAUUGGACCAAGAUUACAAUUCAGUAUUUGUCGUACCAGGUUUUGAAUUCCUUUUAGGUAAUAGUUCAACUACUCUUCAAGUUGUUAGAAAUGAUUUAAAUAUCCUUCAAAUGAAAACUGGUCAAUAUGUUUCUGUCAUGGAAAAAUAA